CAUGCGUCGGUGUACAAAGGCAAUUGCGCUGGGUGCAAGAUAGGGCCCUGAGUGUUUUUUAAGAUAGUCUACCGCCACUGGCCACUUCUAAGUGAUUUUUCAGGGUCGAGAUUUCCUUAGAUGUUUACAUCCCAUUCAGCUCAGGAUGCAAGUAUGCAAACCAGCUGCAGGCAUCAUGAAGCCUGUUGGGAAUACACUUUCCCCAAAUCUCUUCAGUCCAUCAAAGUAGUAGCCUACUCUUCCAAAUAAGCGAGUGAUGCACGCUGCAAAAGGUGUGUGCGUGUAGUGUGAGCGAGAGACAUCUGUGUGUGUGUGUGUGUGCCCGUGUGUCUGGAGAGAGAGAGAGACAUAGACCGAGCCCCUAACACAGAGCAUGCCUCUGCGUCCGGCAGCCGGCAAACAUGAGCCACCCAGCCCUCCACGGCAGGACCAGCAGCAGCAGCAGCACACACACACACACUCACACACCCUCACACACCCUUGCACACACACAGCAAACGGCAGCCAGGGGGCCAGCACUGACAGCGGCAGCUCCCGGGAAGAGGACAGCGGCGUUCCCAUUCCUGUCGGUGUUCCGGCUUUCCGUCCCGGUGCAGAGCGGAGCCACAGUGCAAGAGCACCCAUGGAGGAGCCGACAGGCAACACCGUGGUCAUCCGCAUUGGAAUCCCAGACCUACAACAGACGAAAUGUAUGAAAUUCAAUGUGGAUGCUCCUAUCUGGCUGUCAAAGCAGCGGAUCCUGUGUACUCUCAACCAGAGCCUGAAGGAUGUACUCAACUAUGGCCUAUUCCAGCCAGCCUACAACGGCAAGGCUGGCAAGUUUCUGGAUGAGGAGAGACAGCUAAGGGAAUACCCUUUCCCAUCCAUCGCUCCUGUACCUUACCUGGAGUUCCGCUAUAAAAGACGUGUCUACACCCAAAGUCACCUGGAUGAAAAACAGCUGUCUAAGCUCCACACCAAGGCAAACCUGAAGAAGUUUAUGGAGUAUUUGCAGCAGAGGAACAUUGAAAAGGUCUCAAGGUUCCUGGAAAAAGGCCUGGACCCCAACUUCCAUGAUCCAGAAACAGGAGAAUGUCCUCUAACGCUGGCAGCACAGCUGGAGGGAUGUGGAGAGCUCAUCAAGGUGCUGAAAAGUGGAGGGGCACAUCUGGACUUCAGAACAAAAGAUGGCAUUACUGCCCUACACAAGGCCGUGCGCAGCAAGAACCAUACAGCGCUUAUAACGCUGUUGGAUCUGGGUGCAUCCCCUGACUAUAAAGACAGUAGGGGUUUGACUCCUCUCUACCACAGCUCGAUGGUAGGAGGAGAUCCCUACUGCUGUGAGCUGCUUCUGCAUGAUCAUGCACAGGUCGGCUGUGUGGAUGAGAAUGGCUGGCAGGAGAUACACCAGGCCUGCCGCUAUGGCCACGUGCAGCACCUGGAACACCUGCUGUUUUACGGAGCUGACAUGAGCCAGAAUGCAUCUGGAAACACCGCCCUGCAUGUGUGCGCUCUCUACAACCAGGAUAGCUGUGCACGAGUUAUCCUGUUCCGGGGGGCCAAUAAAGAGAUAAAGAACUACAACAGCCAGACCGCCUUUCAGGUGGCUAUUAUAGCAGGAAACUUUGAUCUGGCUGAAAUCAUAAAGGUCCACAAAGCAUCAGAUGUUGUGCCUUUCAGGGAGACCCCCUCCUACACCAACCGUCGACGGGCGACGCCUGGCCCCCUGCCCUCGCCACGUUCUUUGCUCCGCUCUGCUAGUGACAACAACCUGAACGGGGACCACGAUCACAUCCACGGUCAGGUUCCCAGAGAAAUUCGUGGCCGUCAGGGCCACUCCCCUGUCCCCUCACUGCGCAGUCUGCCAGCUUUUGGGCAGCAGCACAGUAGUCUUGGAGAGAGCCGUCACGGAGAGCUCCCUGACAGCAGUCUCCAGAGUACAGGCAGCUCCAGAUCCUCCCAUUCCCGCUCGCCUUCGCUACAUCACAUGCAUGAAGAAGACAAGCCGGUGCCCAGAAGGUCCCACAGCCAUGGUUACCCUCAUGGACACGGCCAUCGUGGAAGACUCAGCCCUGGCUCAGUGCAGCGAGACCCAAGCCCCCCUCAUCACACGCCUCCAGCGCUGAUGGGCCCCCGCGGGCCCAAACGGAAACUCUAUAGUGCUGUCCCAGGACGUACCUUCAUUGUGGUCAAGCCCUACACGCCACAGGGGGAGGGAGAGAUCCAACUUAACCGUGGAGAGAGAGUCAAAGACUAUGACUGUAAUGACAUGGAAGCUAUUCCAGAGGAGCAUAUUUAUGAUGAGAUCAGACUGGUGACGGAGGACUAUCUGGACUCCAAUGCUGACAUCCAGUAUAAUGAAGACGAAGAGGAUUGUGCCAAUGACAUUAAUGAUGAUGAUGAACAUGAAGUGCUGAGUAUAGGAGAAGGAGGUUUCUGGGAAGGCACCGUCAAAGGGAGGACAGGCUGGUUUCCAGCAGACUAUGUGGAAGAGGUUCAGAUGAGGCAGUUUGACCCACGGCUAGAGACUCGGGAGGACCGCACUAAGAGGCUGUUCAGACACUACACUGUGGGAUCCUACGACAACUUCACUUCAUACAGAAAGGUUUGUUACGGGUCUCCUGGCUCCAGCAGCAGGAACUCUGUGUUCCCUUGUGACUAUAUCAUAGAGGAGAAGAAUGCUGUUUUACAGAAGAAAGAAAAUGAGGGCUUUGGCUUUGUCCUCCGGGGAGCCAAAGCCGAGACGCCCAUUGAAGAGUUCACCCCCACCCCAGCGUUCCCUGCCCUUCAGUACCUGGAGUCUGUGGACGUGGAGGGAGUGGCCUGGAGGGCUGGUCUGAGGACAGGAGACUUCCUCAUUGAGGUAAACGGGGUGAAUGUAGUGAAAGUGGGCCAUAAGCAGGUGGUGUCCUUGAUCCGGCAAGGGGGCAACAGGCUGCUGAUGAAGGUGGUGUCUGUCACACGCAAACCUGAGUCCGAGGAAGUCGUUCGCAAGAAAGCUCCCCCACCACCCAAGAGAGCUCCCAGCACCACCCUGACACUGCGCUCUAAGUCCAUGACCGCUGAGCUGGAGGAACUAGCUUCUGCUCGGAGGAGAAGAGGAGAGAGACUAGAUGAGAUGUUGGCAUCCCAGGAGUCUAUCUUGCGUUCUCAGCCCCCAGAGGCAGAUUACAGAGCAGCUACUGUCAAACAAAGGCCUACCAGCAGGAGAAUAACACCAGCAGAGAUCAGUUCACUGUUUGAGAGACAAGGGAUGACUCUACAUGGAGGUCUUCACCCAGGCAUUGAGAGAGGUCACAUACCACUACCAAAGGGGAUGUCCAGGACCAAGUCAUUUGGUGCCACUGAGGAGGAUCAGCUGUCAGCCCUUGCAGGGGAGCACAGAUUUCCCCGCAGUUCCUCUAUGACAGACAGCCUCCGAGACCACUCACAGCCCCAUCCCAUCCCUCCACCUCCACAAACAGCACCUCCUCCUCCACCCACCUACUACCUAGACACUGGUCCUCCCCCAGCCUUCUGUCCCCCUCCUCCUCCAUCUAGGACCCAGAGUCAGGGCCAUGAACCUGGGGGACGCUCCAGCUUCAAGCCCUCCUCCUUGGACCUGCCUUACGAGGCUGCUCAUCGGCAGGCCACACAUUUAGAGAGACAGAAGAAAGCCCGCUCCAUGAUCAUCCUCCAGGACUCUUCCCAUCUACCUGUAGAAGCUACAGAAAUUCCCCGUCCUUCUGCUGCUACUCCACCCGAGCGAAUCAAAAGGAAGGGACGGGUUAUUGACAACCCUUAUGCUAAUGUUGGUCAAUUUAGCAUUGGACUGUACACACCCACCAAGCCACAGAGGAAGAAAAGUCCCCUGGUGAAACAACUACAGGUGGAAGAUGCACAAGAAAAAGCAAGUUUGGCCUUAGCUGCUGCCCAUUCUAGAGAGAGCUCACCCUCAGGACGACACCCUUAUACCCAUGGACAAACACACACCAGCCGUGCAGACUACUACCAGCAGCAGCUGAUGGCUGAGCGAGAGCGUUUGCGUGCCCAGGGAGAGAUGAUGUUUCAGGGUAAGGGACCUUUCGCCGCUGCAAUAGCUGGAGCAGUGAAGGAUCGUGAGCGUCGUCUAGAAGAACGAAGGAAAUCCACUGUCUUCCUUUCUGUUGGAACAAUGGAGGGGGCAUCUACCACCAGCUCUGACUCCCCCUCUCUGACUCAGUCUCACUCCAUCGAUGAACGGAUGCUCACCCGAGAGCUGGGACAGCUGCCUCCCCCUGCCUUGGCACUAAGCCCCUCACCUAGUGGAACCACCUUUAUCCAUCCGCUCACAGGAAAGCCCCUGGACCCUAACUCUCCACUGGCUCUUGCGCUGGCCGCAAGGGAGAGAGCACUGACCUCCCAGAGCCAGUCCCCAACUAGUAGCCCAGAACCUAGGACUAAACAGGAGCGGGCUGGCCAGGGAGUAAUAUUCAUUGACCCUCAGACCAAAGAGUCUCCACAUGGGGAAGGGGCACCCUCAACUCCCCCUUUUUCGCCUAAAAGCGCCAAGGCAGCGGGGUAUGGUGUUGGAUCUUCUCCAGUAUCUAUUUUAGUUCCCCAGCCCACCAAACCACAGUGGGCCACAUCCCCAUCCCCUGUAUCAUUCCGGCAGGAGAUGGAGGCCAGAGUAGAGGAAAGGAAGGAGGAAAAGAGACUAGAGGAUAAAAAAAGUAUGUUGAUCAGUAUUAUGGAUACGUCACAGCAAAAAACAGCAGGGCUUAUCAUGGUCCAUGCUACCAGUAACGGCCAGGCUGUCGGGGUGGGUUCAGAACUAGUCUCUCAGCCCCAGGCCCAGCUUCAGACCCAGCCUCAAACUCAGCGUCCUGCUAGUCCAGCCCAAGAGAAGAGUCUGGCUCAGGGAAGCUCCGAGGAGGAUGUGGAUCCUUACACAGUGACCCUGCCCCCUGCAAUGUUGUCCUCCAGUGAUGAGGAAACUAGAGAGGAGCUACGUAAGAUUGGAGUUGUUCCACCACCAGAUGAGUUUGCUAAUGGGCUGCUGGCACAGGCACAGGGGACGCCAAUGUCCCCAACUAAACCUGUCUCCUCUCCCACCACCCCUACAACAACAACAACAACACCCCAAACUCCCUCAACCCCAACAACCCCAAUGGUGACCCCCACCCAGCCUCAGCCUCCCCAGCCGGCACCUCCACCCAGUGCAGCAGCUGUCUCAGGGAAGCCCUCUGACCCUCUGGAGCCCCCACCGGUGGCCGAGUCUGGCUCUGCGGCUGACUCAGGCGUGGAGGAGGCUGACACGCGCAGCUCCAGCGACAGAGAGCGAGAUCACCAUCUCGAGACCACCAGCACCAUCUCCACGGUUUCCAGCAUGUCUACAUUGUCCUCAGAAAGCGGCGAGCCUGCCGACACACACACCACGCACACCUCCUAUGCCGACGGGCAGACUUUUGUGCUCGACAAGCCGCCAGUGCCUCCUAAGCCCCGACUUAAGUCCCAGAUAGGAGGCAGUAAAGGCCCCGUCACCUUCAGGGACCCUUUGCUUAAGCAGAGCUCUGACAGCGAGCUGCUAUCACAACAACAGGCUGCUGCCCUGGCUGCUGCUGCAGCUGGAGGAGUUGGGCUGCCCUCUGGUGGUUCAGCCUCAGUGACUGGACUAGCCCCCACCAAGCCGCGCUACCUCUUCCAGCGAAGGUCCAAGCUAUGGGGGGACCCAGUGGAGCCUCGUGGGCAAGGGGUGGGGCUAGGUAUUGGGAGUUUGGGCAAUCUUGGUGGGCUGGGACUGGGGCUGGGUGUAGAUGAGGGAGCAAAACCAUCUGUUAUGGGUGAGCUCAGUUCACGACUACAGCAGCUAAAUAAAGACACUAGGUCACUGGGAGAGGAACCAAUGGGAGCAUCACUUGACCCGGGGAGAAAGUCACCUGUGGCAGGUGCCAGACUUUUCAGCAGCCUAGGGGAGCUCCACACCAUUUCUCAGAGGGGUUAUGGCACCACAUACACCAUCCGCCCUGGCAGCCGUUACCCCGUCACCCGACGCACCCCAAGCCCAGGUUCAGGCUCACCUGAUCGGGGCGACCCUCUUGGAAGAUUUUCAAGCUUUGGCCUACCGACUUCACCGACUACACCGCCACAAACCAUCCUCAAAUCCUCAAGCCUCAGCCUACCCCAGGAGCCUAAAGAGGUCCGCUUUGUAAUGAGGAGCUCCAGCGCCCGUUCCCGCUCUCGUUCCCCGUCCCCAUCACCUUCCCAUUCCCCUGGCCUGGGGUCACCACUUUUAGCCCUCCGACCCUUCCACCAGAAACCCCUCCACCUCUGGAAUAAGUACGACGUCGGCGACUGGCUGGAGAGCAUCAAUCUGGGGGAGCACAGAGCAGGGUUUCAGGAGCAUGAGAUCGAAGGCUCUCACCUCCCAGCUCUAACCAAGGAGGACUUUGCAGAGCUAGGAGUGACACGAGUCGGACACCGCAUGAACAUUGAACGAGCACUAAAAAUGCUGCUAGAGAGCUGACCCCUGCCCUGAGACACAGCAACAGAUGGAGAGAAAGACGAAGACAGAGCGGGCAAGAUGUAGAGUUGAUAAAAUAGAAAAGAUAGGGGCCACUCCUCUUUUACUCCGGCUGCUUUUAUGUUCUGCAUCACACAUGUUUACCUGUGUACCUUAGCGACACUUCAUGUUCCCGUUCUGCAUUAAUACCCUGCACUUAGCACUGCACUGACUAGGUGGAGUCAAUCCAUUUACCCCCUGUCCUCGGCCCUUAAUGUCUGCCCACCUCCUUGCCUGCAGCCAAUUAGAUCAGACCUCAAAAUGGGCUCUGUUCUUUCUUUGCAGAAUAGCAUGAGCUCCAAUUAAAACAUUUGAUUUGUGAAAAGCUUCAGUUGUUCCCUUACCAACAGCCACACUUUCUCUCUCACUAUUCCCUCCUCUCCUCUCUACCUCUAUCCCUCCAUCUAUUAGGCCUCUGAAAGCCUUUUGCAGUUUGAGUAAAGGAGGAGGAGGAAGAAUUUUCGUUCCAGACAGAAAGCUCAGUUGCCUUUCAAAAUAUUUAUACAGAGAUCAUCAAUGAUGAACACAGGACUAUGGACAUAGAGCUGACACAACUCUGAAAAGGUGUGUCCCCUCUAUACCUGCUGUUGUUUUUAAACCGAAGACUUUCGAGCCCAGAGGUGGCGCUCCACCAAGUAAACCACGGGAGAAAACCAAUACGCCUUGGUACCCAGACUGUGCUAUCUAUUAUAUUUGGAGAAUGUUUAACCAACACUCGUGGCUUUUUUCAUAAUCAAUUUUUUUGGUUUUCCAAAGGGAAUAUUAUAUAUAGGUAUUAUAAAAUAUGAUAUAUAUAUGUAUCUAAAUAUAGCUUUCAGAAGAAAAGACAAUAUUGCAAAGAGGAAAUGUAAUAAAUUAAUCUGCGCCUGUUUUUGGUUUUUAGUAUAGAAGGCAGAGAGAAAUCUUUAAAUUUAUUCCACCAAUAGUUUACUCAUUUCUACCAAUUAUAUACAUAUAUAUAUAUAUAUAUAUAUAAAUAUAUAUAUUUGAAAUAAAAAAAAGUAUAUAGAUAUGGAAAUAAAAUUUUUGUCAUAGGUAUACAACUUUCCUUAUGGUCACCCUUUCUUGAACCGUAGCAUGACGAGUUGCAUUAUGUCUUGGACAGAGAGUUUGAUGUUUGUUUUUAUUUUCUUACGGUCUUCCUUCAUACUAAAGGGCAUCCCAUCCCGUAAUGUGAGGCUCAGACCCCAGUUGACACCCAUCCCUACUGCUUCAGCUACAGACUGACAUGGUUCUGACCCUAUUUUAUCCACAACAACAUACAGUUACAGUAGGACUACCUAAUGAGACAGCUAAUUGGUAAAAGGGGCUCUUCAUCUUUUGCCUAUUUAUCACUCAGGGAUGGACGUUUGGGGCACUAGCAUGGAGAGGUUGUUGGUUGUUGUUUUAUGACUAUCUAUUUAAAUUUUUAUCUGUGAGGACAUUUUAACACCACCACAGUCUGCUAGUAAAAUCUCCAUCCCUGUGACCCCUGAUGAUGCUUGUCAGUCCAGUACAAGGUCUGGUAUAGUGGAAGAAGGAAACACUGGGAUGUUUCCCAUCACCAGUAGAGAGGAAAGGAUCAUGGACGAUAGCAGAAAUCUCGGUAACACUUUACUUGAAGGUAUCUACAUAAGAGUGGCAUGACACUGUCAUGAACUUAUGACACUGUCAUGACACAUGAACCCUAACCCUAACUCUAAACCUAACAUGUCAUG